UUUGAAGUAGCUGUUCAAAAAUCUUUUGUGUUGGAUUGCUUUGUGUCACUUUCAAAGUUUUUUCUGAAAGCAAAGUUCAACGAAAAUGGACGAUGAUCUAUUUAUCAUCGGGACGGCAUCUUUUCUACUGAUGGCCGCGAUCUGCUUAAAACGUAGGAAAAAUAAGCGACGUUGUUGGGUCAAUCCAUAUUUGAAAGGACGUGAUUUUCGCGGACGGUAUAAUGAUUUUGCUGACAUAAAAAGCUUCCCACCAAGUUUUCGUGAAAAUUUUCACAUGACCAACCAACAUUUCGAUGACAUUUUCAAUAAGAUUGAGCAGCAUUUGCAACCGGCUAGAUACGUUAGACAAGACAUAAUACCACCGAGAGCAAAAUUGGCAAUGGUGUUAGAAUAUUUGGCAUGUGGCUCGUUACAAAGACAUAUCGCAUCUAACUAUCGUGUCAGCAAGCAAGCCUUUGGUAAAAUAGUUGAUCAAGUCUGUACUUCCAUAUGUAUGGAAAUGGGCAAUGAAAUGCCAAAACUGAAUAAGGAACAAUGGCUACAAAUUUCGAAUACAUUCAAUUGCAAAUGGGAUUUUCCGAACUGUGUUGGCGCUAUUGACGGGAAGCACAUCGCAAUAAAGUGUCCACCGAACGCUGGAAAUUCCACAGCAUUGUAUUGAUGGCCGUCGCUGAUGCAGAGUAUAAGUUCUUAUACAUCGAUGUUGGUGCAUAUGGCUUCGAAGGCGAUGCGUCCGUCUUUUUGAAUAGUGACUUUGGCAAAAGCAUCGUACUGAAUACAAUUGAACUGCCUGAAAAUACGAGCAUCGGAUCCGUUAGCAUGCCCUUUGUGUUUGUUGGCGACGACGCUUUUCCACUGACAAAUCGCAUCAUGAAACCUUUUACUCCACCAAGAGGUGCUGGUGCACUCAGCGAAUCAGAAAAGAUUUUCAAUUACAGAUUAAGUAGAGCGCGCCGUUGUGUUGAAAAUGCUUUUGGAAUUCUCGUUUCCAAAUUUAUUUGUCUUGCUCGCCCAUUACUCUGUUCUCCAGAGCGUGCACAAAAAAUUGUAGCAGCGUGCUGUAUUUUACAUAAUUAUUUUUUAAAAAAUCUGAGAGGAUCUUACUGCUCACCUCAUUUUACUGACUAUUACGACGCAAACGGACACCUGGUUGAAGGAAAUUGGCGAACAAAUGUAAAAGAUAUGACACAUUUAAACACAGCUCCACUAAGAAAAACAAGAACAAGUGAAAGCGCAAAGAACGUUCGAAACAUUUUCAAAGAGUUUGUCAACUCCCCAGAAGGCUCUCUUGAAUGGCAAAGAAGAGCAGUUUUUUUGGAAUGAAAAUCCGUUAAAAUUAGAAAAAGAAUACAAAUGUAUUGAAAAAACGACUAAGAAAUUCAAUAAAUUUAGUUGAAAUGUUUUCAUAAUAA